UGCUCCUUUAAGGCUGUAUCAGGAUUAGUUUGAGGAGGAAAUAGGAAGUAAGUGCCAUUAACGUUUAGAACAAAGAUCUAAAAACAAAAGUCGUUUGUGAGUGAUGGCAGGAAUAAAAGCUCUUGUUGCGUUAUCCUUCAGUGGAGCACUUGGACUGACUUUUCUCCUUCUGGGAUGUGUACUGAAAGAGUUCGGAGUGUACUGGCCUCUGUUUGUCCUCCUCUUCCAUAUCCUGUCCCCUAUUCCAAAUUUAAUAGCCAGGAGGCAUGCGGAUGACACUGAAUCGAGCAAUGCCUGCAGGGAGCUGGCAUACUUUCUAACCACUGGCAUUGUGGUGUCAGCCUAUGGGUUGCCAAUUGUGCUUGCACGAAAAAGUGUGAUCAUGUGGGGGGCUUGUGGUCUGGUUAUGGCGGGUAAUUGUGUAAUUUUUCUGACCAUUCUGGGUUUCUUCUUGAUAUUUGGAGGCGGAGAUGACUUCAGCUGGGAACAGUGGUAAAGCCUGUCAGGAGGAAGAAAAAUAAACUAAUAAACUUUCAAUUGUUUCACAUGGCAAUGCUGAUUAGUUAUGUUCAGAAGUGAAGUUCGGUGGUUUAUGUGUUUCAGUUGAUGAAUCUCUGCCAUGGCUGCUCUGUUUCUCUACUUUAUCUGUCCUUUAUUUCCUUCAUAUUUCAUGUUGACACCUGCAUGGCUCAGUAUAUACAGUGAUUUGCUUAAAAUUAAAUAGUUUUGCUGUUUUGGACAUUCUUUAUGUAAUAUUUUAAAAACAGAAAUGGUGUAAACAUGGCAGUAUAUAAAGUGUUUUUUGUUUUUCGUCUCUUGUCUCUUUCAAUGCCACUGUUAUCAAAAUGGACUGUGUCAUUAAGCUUUAACCCUCUUAAACUAUGUUUACACCAGAUUUACCAAAGUGGACCUUUUCCUACUUUUCAAUUCCUGAAUUUUUGGUUUUCAUCCUCAUGUUUACUGUGGAUCUUAAGAAGAAAUUUUUUAAAUAUAUGCUAAAAACAAUCAUCACCAUAGAAUUUUCUACGUAUUAGUUACUAUAUUUGUAUUAUAGUUGCAUAUGAUUCGUACUAUUUCAUGAACUACAUUUUCUCAAAACUGUCAUAAUUCUGUAUCAAAGCUUAUGAAACACUAGACAUUGUUGAUUGUUAUGAUACUCCAUGCAACUCAAUAUUCACUGUAUUGUAAACGCAAUGUUUCAGUUGUUUUAAUGUUUUAAUUUGUAUUAAUUUACAGUUUCACACUACUAAUUAUUGAAAUGUCCAUGUUAAUUAUAAGAUUGUAAUAUUAAUCCAAUGUGUAAAAUCAUUCUUGUUUUGUUUUGUCAGAUGUUAGCUUCACUAAAGUAAAAUCAGUUGAACAGAUAUAAGGGAUAUGCUUUCAUUUCUUUGGUGACCUUUGAGUCUAUUGUCAGCACUUUCAAACAUUAUGAAUUAAAACACUAGAUUUUUUUUCUUUUUGC